AUGGCAGAUUCCAAUGCAUAUCCCGCUUGGAUCGAUGCUAAAACUGAAAUCACAGACGCACAUCCGAUCCCAUUUGUGAAAUUCAAGCUUGCAAUACCAUUUCCCAAUUUCAAGUCAAGGGAUCGUUUGUGGAUCACAGAUGACAAUUUCCUCAUCACGUACAUUUGCGAUCCUGGCGAUAUUGCACAAAACGCAAGAAAAGCACGAAAUAUCAAAGUAAGGUUUGCACUAAGCAAAAUUGUUGACGUUGCAAUGACACAAAGAGAGGGUAUUUUCAUCAUCACAAUCGAAUGCAGUACGGAGAUCAUUGUCGCAAAACGUCAAAAGCUAGGCAAAAUACUGUUUUUCUUUUUCAGAGAUGCUGAUAAAGCAGUGGAGCUCAAAAAUAUCAUUCGCUCAAAUAGUGAAAAUAUUCGAUUAUCUAGCUCCCCAACAUCAUCAGAUGAUGGUGCAGGUACGGCAGACCCGAGAUCAUCCCAACUUGCAACUCGAAAUGGCAAUAAUGGUAGCAUUCAUCCGGGCGCAAAUGGUUCUCAUCCCGGCGCAAAUGGCUCAACCUCUAGAUCGGUCACGUUUACCCAAGGUGCCCCUCAAAUCAUUGCAGAAGAGAGCGACAAAGGCGAUGAUGAUGAUGAUCAUGAUGACGACCAGACGCUGGUUUUGCCAUUUGGCACGCAAAUACCGCGAAGAAGAGCUUCAAGUCUUCCUACAACUACUCAACCUAAAGUCCCAACAAUUUUGCAAGAGAAUACAAAUUUGUUCCCUCAGCCUGAUCACGAGGAUGACGUUCAGGAUUUGCUGCAAUAUGAAGAGGUAAGGGACUUGCAAGCAACCGUUGAAGCACUCGCAAUUCAAGCAGGCAAGAAAUGGGUCAAGGAUCAAAAGCGAGUUCACGAGAAGCAAAAAAUGUUGCACAAGAUUUUCUGGCAAAAAGUCGAAGAAGGAAAAAGGGCUAGAGAAAAAGAAUUGCAUACAAUCGGCAAAGCUUUCGUUGACAAAGUUCCUUCAGCUGUGCGAAAAUCAAAGUCAUUCCAUCAAACUCUUCAAAAUGGCUUUACAACUUUUCCAAAUAUCACUCGAUCAAUCACCCACGCGAUUGAAGCGAUGGAAAAGGAAAGUAUGUCACUUGCUACUCUCAAGCCAAAUUUCGAUGAUUGA